CUUUGGCUGCUGAAUUAUAUUUGCUGGUUCCUCCAAUAAAUUAUCUUAUCUACUAUUAUUCAGCCAAUUAGUUUCUAUGUAUACAUAACUCCUACUUAAUCCAUUUCCUCAUCAUCAAACUAAGUUAAACAAUCUUCUUUACUCCCCUAAUAAUCAAAAAACAAUAUGAUCUCUGCCACUGAUUCCUAUAACCGAACAGCAGAACUGAAGUCUUUUGAUGAAUCAAAAGCCGGUGUCAAGGGCUUAGUUGAUGCUGGUCUAUCAACAAUUCCCCGUAUGUUCAUCCAUCCUACUGAUCCAUCCUCGUCUCCUCCCAAACACGAUGUUAGUAUCCCGAUCAUCGACCUUACAGGAAUGACAAAUGACCCUGUUCUCCGGAAAGUUAUCGUCGAAAGGAUUCGAGAGGCGUCAGAGACAUGGGGGUUCUUCCAAGUGGUAAAUCAUAGCAUUCCAAUCAUGGUUUUAGAAGAGAUGUUGGAGGGUGUAAAGAGAUUUUAUGAGCAAGAUGUUGAGGUUAAGAAAGGAUACUAUACAAGAGAUGUGGCUAAGAAGGUGGUUUAUAAUAGUAAUUAUGAUUUGUAUACUGGACCAGCUGCUAAUUGGAGGGACACCUUCUAUUGUUUUAUGGCUCCUCAACCUCCAAGUCCUCAAGAUUUACCCAACACUUGCAGGGAGAUAUUAAUGGAGUACACGAAGGAAGUGAUGAAGCUGGGGAGAGUACUGAUGGAGCUACUAUCAGAAGCACUUGGAUUGAGCGCAAACCAUCUUAACGACAUUGAUUGUAGUGAGGGGCUAGUAGUUGUAGGCCAUUAUUAUCCAGCUUGUCCACAGCCAGAGUUAACUCUAGGCACAUCAAAGCAUGCAGAUGACGGUUUCUUGACUUUACUAUUACAAGAUCAAAUUGGUGGCCUCCAAAUUUUGCAUGAAGAUAAAUGGUUUGAUGUUCCCCCUGUACCAGGAGCUCUGGUUGUUAAUAUAGGUGAUCUUUUACAGUUAAUAUCAAACGACACAUUCAAGAGCGUAGAGCACAGAGUAUUAGCAAAUAGAAUUGGGCCUAGAGUCUCAGUGGCAAGUUUCUUCACUACUAGUUUCCAGGGCACAUCUAAAAUUUAUGGACCUAUCAAAGACUUGGUCUCGGAAGAUAAUCCUCCAAGGUACCGGGAAGUCACGGUGAGUGAAUAUGUUACCUAUGCCCUAGCUAAAGGACUUGAUGGUGUGUCUUCCCUGCUGAAUUUCAGGCUCUAAAUCUUAGACACAAGUAUCAAUCUAUCAGGCCUUGCAUUCUAAAGACAAAUUAGUGCUACUCACUGGCCGGGCUCAAGCUAGGCCAAUAUAAACGAGUGGGUUGGGUCACACUUGAGUCGCUAAUUAAACUGGCAAGCUCAGGGCAAGACUUGUUCAAUGACUUUGUUGGCAAAAUCAAGGAACGAAAUGAGUAUUAUAGAUAAUCAUAUAUUACAAGUAAUAUUAAUUGUUCUGAAAUCAACUUAAUUUUGUAACCUGUUUGAUCAGCAUUUGGCGACGUUAUUUAUAUAAUUAUAUAUGACAACCUUGCAUUUUGUGUUAGUAA